CAAAACAAUUCCGGGAAAGCUCGGCCUCCCAACCCUCAUCCCUUCUAAGAAACACAUUUUUUCGUUUUUGAAGAACAAAAACAGAAAUAAGCCAAAUGGAGAGCGCUCUCCUAUCAGCUUCUCACUUUCUCCCUUCACGAAAUAGAGAAGUGGGUGGACUUGUACGGAAUUUUCAGAGCUCAUUUUAUGGGAAAGUGAUAUUUAACAACCAUUCUGUGAGAAGAGAAAACAGUUCCCGCUACAGUGGGGGGGCUGUGAUUGCCGCAGUGGUUGAGAGGAAGGUCAAGAAAGAAACAGUCAUCCCUGACCCAGAUUACCGAAUACCAAUAGUCCUACUUGGCUUAGCUGGAGGAUUUGUUUAUACUAACAACCUCUUCCCAGCAGCUCCUGUGGGUCUCCUUGGUUUGCUUCUUUUGUUCCAGACAACACGAGUGAAAUUUGUCUUUGAUGAAGAGGCUCUGGAGGUGAAAAUAGGAGACCAGCUUCAGGAAUCUGGAGAAAAUGCUUUUGUGGGUGGAAAGAACCGUUGGAAAUAUUCAACAUUUGUGAAUUGGGAGCUCUGGUGGCCAAAUUUUCCAAUUUUGGUUUAUUUUAAAGAGACACAAACAAGACCUGAAGGACAAGUGCACUUUUUCCCAGUGAUUUUUGAUGGGAAGCAACUCUAUGAUGUUAUGGUGGAAAGAUGUGGCCCUUCAAAAACUAGUGGACCCAAAUAGUCUUAGAUGAUUGAGCUCCAAGAUCUUGACAGCCCUGCCAUCACAUCUGAGAUCUUACAUGCUAUUAUAGUGAGGUAGAGAUUGUUCCUCCUACUUGAAGCUGCAUCUGUUUCAAACUUUCACAUAUAUAUAGCUUAUCAUCUUUGUAGUUGUCAGAUUUGUUAAUAGUUAGAUACCACUGUAUUGAGGUGCUUUCUAGGCUCAAACUGUUACACGGAAUACUUUGAUACAACAUAUGUGAUACCGUCUAUAUAUGUGGGAUGAAAACAAGAAAAUUUUACUUCUGCCUUGAUGAUUACAAAAAGUUGUUCAGUUAGCUUAUUGUAACAAAGAUCUUCUUCCCCGUUUUUACUGACCUGAAAAAUGGAGCCUGUUCUUCCUAUCGGUGUUAAUCCUUACUGCUGGUGCGGGGGAAGAGGGAGCUAGCUUUUGGAGUUUUAAACUCUUUAUAGUUGAAUUGUCUCACAGAAAAAAACUGAAAUGACUCACCAGCUCUCUUGGGUUAUUUGUUUGAUGACAGUUUGUGAAAGCCCACUUAAUUUCUUUCUUGCUUUAUAU